CCGCAGCUCGGCGCACAAAGCCUGCAGGAAACCCAUCACCUGUAACCAAUCCUUCCAUCUUCUCUGCCUUCUCCUUCGCUUCACCACCUCGCCAAAACCGCCUUCCCUUCCCUUCUCUUCCCUUCCAACCUCUCGUUGCGGUUUGCGCUAGAAAAAAAAGAGAGGAGAGAUUUCAAGAAACCGUGGGGGAGAAAGAAGCAGGCAAGAAGUAGCAGCAGCAGCGAGUGAGGCUAAUCUGGUCAGUUUCAGAACAGAUUCUUUGUUCGGUCUCUAUCCAUUGCAAGAACAGGUUUUGUUUUUUCUUUUCCCUUUUUUUGGGAUCAGAGUCUCUCCAUUUCUGAUGCUGCUGCUGCUGCUGAUGAUGAUGAUGAUGCAAGGCUUGUGGCAACUUGUUUGGUGAAAGAACAACGAGAGGGAUACUGGGAUAGGGAUCAAAGGCAAAGACAGGCGCGUGAUUUGACCAGCUUGUCGUCUCUGCUCUGCCUCUAUCCAUCCAUCCAUUCAUACAUCCAACCUUGGGGGUUCUUGAUUCUUUUUCUCAUUUCUUGGGGAGGCUUAAUUGUUGCUAUCGCCCUCCGCUUCAGGUGUCCAUUUGAAUUCUUCGUCGUUUCUUUCGUAUUUAAUUGCCAUUUGCUGAUUUGCCUCUUUAUUUCGGUGGGUUUUAUGGUAAUAAAGGUGUGGUUCCUUUAUCAUCAAAUUUGAGGUGUUCUGGGUUUUCUUUGGUUCUUUUUUGGAGCACUGGAUUUGUGUGCUCUUGUAAAUCAAAUAGAGUUUGUGGUUUGGUUCGUAUUUUACACAAUCGAGUUGUGUUUUUAUUUUAGUUUGUAUCGAAAUAUUUGCAUACUUGUUUCUAGUUCCUUCAGGCUUCAGUUCUCUUCAUUAUUAUAAAAAAAAAUUUGGUCCUUUCGUCCAUAAUUUUUUUCACAAUUCCAUUUUUGAAUGUAUGAGCUUGAAUUAUGUGACUUUUCAGUUUGAGCUUGGGAUUGUCACCUUUUCAUGGACGGGACCAACAACCAUGGAGCACUGAUGGACGAUUGGAUGCUUCCCUCACCCAGUCCAAGAACACUCAUGUCGAGUUUCUUGAACGAAGAAUUCAGCUCCGGUCCCUUUUCAGACAUUUUCUGUGAUAAUGGCAGUAACAAACAUCAGGAUGGACUUGGGAAGAGCAAAGCUUUCAUCGAUUCAAGCCGGGAAGAAACUGCUCAGCUAGCAAAAAAGUUUGAAUCAAACCUUUUUGGUGCCAACCAGAAAUCAAGCUCAAAUGGCUGUCUGUCAGAGAGGAUGGCUGCAAGGACAGGUUUUGGUGUCCUGAAAAUUGAUACAUCUCGUGUCGGUUAUUCUACACCGAUUCGGUCUCCGGUGACGAUCCCGCCCGGUGUGAGUCCAAGGGAACUUCUUGAGUCGCCGGUUUUUCUUCCGAACGCCAUUGCACAACCUUCUCCUACCACUGGCAAACUGCCAUUUUUGAUGCAUAGUAAUGUUAAACCAUCGAUCCCUAAAAAAACUGAAGAUGAAACACGCCAUGAUCGUGUAUUCUUCUUUCAACCCAUUUUGGGAUCUAAGCCACCAACUUGUCCAGUUGCAGAGAAGGGUUUCAGUGUUAAUCAUCAAAACCAGCCUUCAGUGACGGAUAAUCACCAGGAGCUCAGUCUUCAGUCUAGCUCAACUGCAGCCAAGGAUUUCACUUCAGCAACUAUUGUUAAACCUAAGACAUCUGAUUCCAUGUUAGACAAUGAUGAUCACCCUUCCCCUGCAAAUGAUCAAGAAGAGAAUGCAACAAACAAAAAUGAAGAGUAUUCUUCAGACCUGAUCAUUACCCCUGCUGAGGAUGGAUAUAACUGGAGGAAAUAUGGACAGAAGCAAGUUAAGAACAGUGAGCAUCCCAGAAGCUACUACAAAUGCACUUUCACGAAUUGCGCUGUCAAGAAGGUGGAGCGUUCUCAAGAUGGCCAAAUAACAGAGAUAGUCUACAAAGGUUCUCACAAUCACCCUUUGCCGCCUUCCAACCGCCGACCAAAUGUUCCUUUCUCACACUUCAAUGAUCUGAGAGAUGAUCACUCUGAGAAAUUUGGUUCCAAGUCUGGUCAGGCCACAGCAACUUCAUGGGAGAAUGCCGCAAAUGGACACCUCCAAGAUGUCGGUAGUGAAGUUCUGACAAAACUGUCUGCUUCUCUUACGACAACAGAACAUGCUGAAAAAUCUGUUAUGGACAAACAAGAAGCUGUGGAUAUCUCAUCGACGCUCUCCAAUGAAGAGGAUGAUAGGGUAACGCAUCGUGCCCCGCUUUCUCUGGGCUUUGAUGCGAACGAUGACUAUGUUGAACACAAGAGAAGAAAGAUGGAUGUUUAUGCCGCUACUAGCACUAGCACCAACGCCAUCGACAUAGGAGCUGUGGCGUCAAGAGCUAUCCGGGAGCCUCGCGUUGUUGUUCAGACCACAAGUGAGGUUGACAUCCUUGAUGAUGGUUACCGUUGGCGCAAGUAUGGGCAGAAAGUUGUCAAAGGAAACCCAAAUCCAAGGAGCUACUACAAGUGCACUCAUCCGGGUUGCUCGGUGCGCAAGCAUGUGGAGCGAUCAUCGCAUGAUCUGAAAUCCGUCAUCACGACGUAUGAAGGAAAGCACAACCAUGAAGUUCCAGCUGCCAGGAACAGUGGCCACCCAAGCUCAGGCUCAGCCGCUGCACCACAGGCUACCAAUGGUCUUCUUCACCGGAGACCUGAACCGGCACAAGGUGGUGGUGGUGGUAGCCUUGCUCAGUUUGGCUAUGGCUCAGCUGGUCACAGACCAGCAGAGCAGUUUGGUGCAGCAGCAGCUGGUUUCUCCUUUGGAAUGCUGCCUCGUAGCAUUGCAACUCCGGCGCCGUCUCCGGCGAUCGCCGUGCCGGCGAUGCAGGGGUACCCAGGGCUUGUGCUGCCGAGAGGUGAGAUGAAGGUGAACUUGCUGCCACAGUCUGGGAAUGCUGGUGCAGCAGCUAGCCAGCAGCUGAUGGGCAGGUUGCCAAAGCAGCAUCCUCAGAUGUAAAAAUGGCAGGAACAUGAGACAAAUGGUGUUUGCUGCUUAUGUAUAUGAAACAUUUUUGGUGCUUUUGUUAGGAGAAUGGAGUGUUAUUGUAGCUCAAUUUACUUUCGGGGGAAAAAAAAGCAGAUAGUUCAGGCAAUUGUAGGUAGUAGAGGUUCUAGAAAAGAUAAAUGGCUUUGGCUGAGUUCUAAAUAACUUCCUCCUUUUUCA